AUUGUUGAAAGUAUACUUAGUAGCUCUCUCUCUCUCUCUCUCUCUCUCUCUCUCUCUCUCUCUCUCUCUCUCAUAUGGCCCUGACCAAGGACCGAAUCCCAAACAACACACAAAUGGGCUUGGUCCAAGCCUACGCGUACUAUGGAAACGUUUUUGGAGGGUCAUCAGCUCAAGUUAAUUCUGAUCAAUCUUAUCAGCCAGAUGAGGGGGGAGCUCAAUCAGUGAUUAACUUCAAAAGUAGUACUGCAGGGUACAACAACAUAAUGCAUAGCAAUGGAUCAUCUUUUCUUAGCUUUGACCAGAAUCCUGAUCAUCAUCAUCAUCAAAAUUCUAACCCUAACAAGAUCAGUGACGAUCAGCAAUUAGACGACGAUUACUCGAUUUGGGAGGAUAAUCUGAUCCAGGAUUUCAGCACUACUCGCGUUCAAUCUACCAGCUCUUAUGGGGCUGAUCAGCCAUUUGGGUGGCACAAUUCCGAAGAAAAUCCCAAUUGUGGAAACAAUUUUCAUGAGGAGUUUGGAAAACAAGAUGAAGGCUUCAAUAAGCGCCCCCAUAAGGGAGAGAGCAACCAAGCUAUCAAAAAACAGUGCACAAAUGCAGCCAAGAAAGCCAAGCAAAAGUCAACUACUCCAUCCAAGGACCCACAAAGUGUUGCAGCCAAGAAUCGACGCGAACGGAUUAGCGAGAGGCUAAAGGUAUUGCAGGACCUUGUUCCAAAUGGUUCUAAGGUUGAUUUGGUUACCAUGUUAGAGAAAGCUAUUAGCUAUGUCAAGUUUCUUCAAUUACAAGUGAAGGUGUUGGCAACCGAUGAAUUUUGGCCAGUGCAAGGCGGAAAAGCUCCUGAUAUUUCCCAGGUAAAAGAAGCCAUUGAUGCAAUCCUUUCAUCCCAAAAAGACAAAAACUCAAGCUCAGAGUGAUUCACGAAACCCAAGAGGAAGAAGAAGAUCAGACACUACAAGAAUCCAUGUAAUAGGCGACGAAAUCUAAUCUUUUGGCGACGAAAAUAAUUCGUCACCUAUUACAUGUUUUGUUGUAGUGAGAGAAUGAUAGAAGUAACUAAAAAAGAAAUACUCCAAGAGACAAAGUUUGAAGAAAAGCUAUCCUUUGGAAGCUAGUAGAGCAACCUCGUCCCAUUUUUCAUUAAUUAAUUAUCUAAUGUCCAUCUUCUUUGUAACAUUAUUAUUCUUUCUAUUUAUUUUUUCUGGAAUUUUGUAAUUCAUGUUAUGGAAGGGUAAGAAAGGUUGUAUCCAUGGAUUAGCUCUGACCAAAUAAUUGAAG